AUGCGGUUGCAAGUUGAAGAAGCAAACGCUGCUGUGAUUAGGGAACGAGAGGCUGCAAGGAAAGCUAUUGAAGAAGCACCUCCAGUCAUUAAGGAGACUCCAGUUUUGGUUGAAGAUACUGAAAAAAUCAAUUCAUUAACAUCAGAGGUGGAGGCUCUAAAGGCUUCGCUUGAGUCUGAACGACAAGCUGCAGAAAACUUGAGAAAAGCUUUCUCAGAGGCAGAGGCUAGAAACUCAGAGCUGGCCACAGAGCUUGAAACUGCUACUAGAAAAGCAGACCAGCUUCAUGAAUGGGUACAAAGGUUCGUAAAAAUAUAUUGAUGGAAGGAAAAACAAAGAGAGAGUACAUAUUCUAAUUGUUCACAUUUGUUGCACUUGUCAAUAUACAUUUAACUAUUUCGUCUUUUUUUUUUAAAUCUUGAUGCUAAUAAAUUAUAACUAUGUUUCUCCUGUUAUGAACUUUCACAUAUUGAUUUUACUUACUGCUUUCAGACUAGAAGAGAAGCUUCCCAAUUCAGAGUCAGAGAUUCAAGUGCUUCGUCAACAGGCACUUGCUAUAUCUCCAACCAACAUAUGAAUUAUUUUUCUUCUUUCACAUAUUAAUACAAGAAGGCCUGUUUGUUCUUGUAAUCUUUUCUUCUCAAUGUUCAGAGAACUCCAGAGAAUGGAAGCCAUCUUAAUGGAGAAACAAAGACUACACCGGUAAGGGGAAAUUUUUUAUUUUCAAAAUUAAAUUUAGCUAUUCAAAAGGAGACCGAGAUACUUUCUUGUUUCUUUAAUUGCUUACUGUCUAUGAAUGUCACAGGACAUGGCUGCUGUACGAGAACCAGAGUCUGAGGAGAAACCACAGAAAUAUCUGAAUGAAAAGCAACACGUAACUACUCUUGUAACGGUCCCAUUUCUUGCAGUAUUGCAGUCUGAUUUUCUCUUAAUAUAUGUUAUAAUCUUUGCGUUAUUCAGGAAAACCAAGAUGUACUAGUCAAGUGUAUCUCACAAAACCUUGGAUAUGCUGGGGGCAAGCCUGUAGCUGCAUAUACAAAUGUCUUCUUCACUGGAGAUCAUUUGAAGUCGAAAGAACUAGCGUCUUUGACCGUAUCAUUCAAACUAUAGCUUCAGCCAUUGAAGUAAGUCGAUUCUUUUUUUUUUGCGUCUUUCCUCAAAAGCAUUUUAUGACACUAUUUCAACAUGUUCUGCACUCCAUAAUGUUGAUUAUUUUUGCGACUAACUUCGCUCAACCACCAGGCUAGCGGA